UCUUGAUGAAAAUCAAUGUGUCCCUGCUGUGCCCACAGGCAGCCUGCCUCUGCAAAGUGGUACGACCGGAGGGACUACGUCUUUAUUGAGUUCUGUGUUGAAGACAGCAAAGACGUAAAUGUAAAUUUUGAAAAGUCCAAACUCACGUUCAGUUGUCUUGGAGGAAGCGAUAACUUUAAACAUUUAAAUGAAAUCGAUCUCUUCAAUAAUAUCGAUCCAAAUGAAUCAAAGCAUAAAAGAACAGACAGAUCCAUCUUGUGUUGUUUACGAAAAGGAGAGUCUGGUCAGGCAUGGCCAAGGUUAACAAAAGAGAGGGCAAAGCUCAACUGGCUCAGCGUGGACUUCAACAACUGGAAAGACUGGGAAGAUGAUUCAGAUGAAGACAUGUCCAAUUUUGAUCGCUUUUCUGAGAUGAUGAACAACAUGGGAGGAGACGACGACGUAGACUUGCCAGAAGUAGAUGGGGCAGAUGACGACUCACCAGACAGUGAUGAUGAAAAAAUGCCGGAUCUGGAGUAAGGCAAAGCGUCGUCUUCAGGGUUUUGGGGAAAGAAGUUCAUCACAACAUUUCAUAAUUGAGAUAAGAAUUCCUGAGUUGAUAGCCCUAAAGGGAGAUCCUGCAUCCUUUAACCCAUUUUCAGUCCAUUCUAAAUGGCUUCACUGAUGGUAGGUGUGUCCCAUGGCACGGGGCGGUCUUAAAGCCACGAGAGGCAAUAACAGUUAUGCAUGAACCGUUUUCCAGACUUCCAAAAAAAGAGGAAAAAAAAAACCCAAACCAACCCGAUUGAGGUGUAGGCAAUCUGUUGCAAUAAAGUUCACAGAGCCUCCUUGCCUCGUAGCAGAUGUAAUUACAGUGGGAGAACCCUGAAUUAACACUGAGUGUGGUUUAAACGAGGUUUUUUUUUUUCCCUCCCUCCUCUCUCUCCACUGCCUCAAAUUAAUUGUCCAUUUAUACUGGGAACAAAAAACUGUUCAAAACAAAUUCAGCAGGCGAGGCACAUCCCUCCGUGAUGUCUUCAGGUCUGUUCCCACUAAAAAUCCAAAAAUUCAUCUUGAAGGAAAAAAAAAAAAAAAGGAAAACUUCCAAAUUCUCCUCGUUUUUGGUGGCCGGAGCCUGCCCCUGGUCCUGUGUGACCCCCAAACCUUUCCACCUCCUCGCCCGGGCUGCGAGUGGCUGUACAUUGUUGCUUGUCAAUCUGUACAUUUUAGACCAAAUCGUAUUUGCACUGUGGGUUUGGCAGCAAGUGACAGACCGAGGGGCGCGCGGGCGCCUGCCAACCAGGCUGAAAAACCUCAAUUUAUGUUCAGAGCAGCUGGGAUUUUUUUAAUGUCUGCAUUCUUUCUAAUAAACUGUUGAAGACUCCCUGGCUCUCC